CGCGGCCGAGAGAAAUCUCCGCCGCGAUGAGAAGCUCAGUGUUAGGGUUUAGGGCUCGGAAGUGCUGAUAUUUAUAAAAAUUAUUGGAAAAAAAUGUUUUUUUUUUACGACUGGAAACUUUUGGCUUCUUCCUUUUACAGCAGAAAGUGUUCACACUUGAAAUUCCUCAGUGGGAGGCCUUCCUGACGAGGGAGGCGAUGAUAAAAAGCGAGCCGCAAGCUCUCCAUUUUCUUUAUCUUUGUUUACUUCGUUUUGCUUUUCAUCAUUUAUCCUUUGCAGAAUUUUAUCUUUCGUGCUUGGAUUUUGUUCUUAGGAUUAGAUCCAUUACCCCUACCAUAAGAAACCUAAAUUCAGCUUUUUAUGUGAGCUUUCGUCUCAUGAGAGUAACCUCAAAUUUUGCAUCCGAGGCUAUUUUCUCUCGGUUCUAUUUAUAUUACAACGUUAUGGAUUGAAAGAGGGGGGAAAAAGAAGCCUAAGGAUGGCUUGGCUCACAAAGAGCUUUGUUUUUAGGGAGAGAAGUUAAGCUGAACUAUUUUCCUUCUCUGGCUAUUGAGUUAAAAAAAAAAUAGAGAUUAUGGUGAUGAGAAAAUGGAAAGUAGAAGCAGCUGCAGUACUGCUUUGCUUUCUUGCGGUGGUGUUUUUGAGAGGAGUGGUGGCUCGCAGAGUUGGAGAGAACGGAAUUUUGUUUCUUGAUGAACAAGGUGACAACAUUCGAGAAUCUGCUUUAUCCCAUAGAACCGAAAGGAUUGACCCUUUGGAUCACUUGAAAAAAUACAGAGGAGGCUUUAAUAUCACAAACAAGCAUUAUUGGAGUUCAACUAUAUUCACUGGAAAAUUUGGGUACUUUAUUGCAGUGGCAUGGCUCAUCAGUGGUCUUAUUUGUGCUUCAGUUUUGAUCAUCUCAUAUACUAUCUUCUAUUUUAAGGGUAGAAGUGAGAAAAAGAGAACCAACGUCUCUAAGAAUGGCUACAAUUGGUCUCUGCACGUUGUAGCUCUACUUACAUUACUAGCAAUAAUUGCAUCUGGAGUGGCACUUAAAGGCAGUACUGGAUUCCAUUCAAGAGCCAUUGAGAUCGAAAAUAUCGUAGUACAAGCCACGAAUAAUGCAUCGGGAACGAUAAGUACAGUUUCAGAAUCUGUUGAAGUGCUGCAGAAUGACACACAGCUUAGCCAAAACGUGGAAGACUCUAGCAGUCUGGAGCUGACAUCGAGGAAGCUUAAUCAUGAGGCGAGCAACAUACAGAUGAAGGCUGAGAAAACCUUGCAACAAGUUACGAAGGGGCUUGAUAUACUGAAUGCUGUGACUAUUAUUACCGUUAUUCUAAACCUGCUUGUCAUCAUUUUAUUGCUGGCAUUGAUACCUUUCAGGCUUUGCCAAACACUUUGCGUGCUUAUUAUUCUUUGCUGGCUGAUUACAUUCCUUCUUUGGGCCUACUCUGGACUAUAUUAUUUCUUUGGAAAAUUCGCUGGUGACAUAUGCUUGGCUUUAGAUGAAUACAGAAAGAGUCCAGAAACGAGCACAUUGAGUACAAUACUCCCAUGCAAUAACCAUGGUUCAGCUGAGGCAAUCUUCCGUGAUGUUGGAGAGCGAAUUUAUGAUUUAAUUCAACAGGUGAACUCAAACAUAACAUCUCUGAGCUUAUCACUUUCAAAGCUAGAAUAUAUCUGCAAUCCUUUCUCUGGGCCACCUGAAUACUACUACCAUCCAGAAAAUUGUUCUUCUAAAACUAUACGAAUAGGCGACAUACCCAAGAUCAUAGAAAAGUUUGCAUGCUUGGGGAGCAGCAGCGGAGCCUGCAAGCCUGGAGAAUUCAUACCUGCAAGCGUUUAUGGAAAAGUUCAACUCUAUACAGAUUCCAUGCAGGAUAUUCUGGAUUCAUAUCCAGGAAUGAAGAGCCUUGCAGAUUGCAAAUUAGUCAAGGAUGCUUUCUCUGAUAUCCUUUUUAACCACUGCAAGCCAUUGAAUAAGUAUGUGCACAUGUGCUGGGCAUCGCUGGCAACUCUUUCAACUAUCUCGGUGCUUUUUGUUCUUCUCUAUGCAUCAGAAGCUCAUCAAAAGAGUGAAUUUCUUACAGUUCGAUCAGUAAAGCUACAUAUGAUAGUUACGAAUCCAUCACAAAAUGGUGCAGAAAUUGUUUCCAAGCAUCAGAAGCAGAGAGGUAUCGUAGAACGCAAGGCUUGAGAAGGAAACUGGUAUGGAUGAAUAUCAUUGAUAAAGAGGAAGAGGUACUUAUAUAGUUAUAUUACACUUAAUGCCUAAAAAGGAAGAUCAAAGUAGGAGCUUUUCAUCUUUGUUUUGAUUCAACAAUAUGAUCAAGUAGGCUUCUCAAGGGAUGGAGAUGGAUCCGAAGGAUAUCGUCCGCCCUUUCCUUCAAAUAUUUUCUUCUCUUAUUUUUAUAUAACCACGUGGUUGGAGAAUCUAACCAUUAUUUCAGGUAGAAUACAUCAUGAGAUAGUUUGAUUUAAGUUUGAGUUGCAUGUACAUAAACCUUCAUGUAUAAGGAAAAAGUGAAGUCUGGUCCCUUCCUUUUUUAACUAGGAAUUCCAACUGCAAUGCUAAUGAAUAUUUCACUAUUUUCCUUGAA